GACGCCGGGCCGGCGUGGGGACCCGAACCCGCGCUGUGACCGCGGCGGCGACCCGAGCCCGGGCGGCAGGAGCGGAGGCCCCUUCGCCUCGGUUUCGGGAGCGCUCGCUGGACUUCGGACGCCCUCGGCUCCGCACUCCGCGGCGUUCCGGGCGCCUUCUCUUCCUGCUACCCGGCCUUGGGGCCUGCGGGGCGGGGCGGCGCGGCGCGGCGCAGCUCUGCGCCCCGAGACCCCGGGGCACCCCGCACCUGGCCGGGCAGCCUGGCGCCCGGCGAGAGCCGCCCCCGCUGCCGGGUUCCCAGAGCUCCCUGGAUCCCAGAGAUCCGGGACCGUGGCGUGGGCCGCGUCCAGAGGCUCGGCGUCGCGACGCUUUGGGAUCCGGGCCGACCCCCCUGCCCCCCGCCACGAGCCUUUCUUCCAAGGUAGUCGAGCGGCCCCAGCUUGCGGAGCCAAGAAACUUGCUACCCCGAAAUGCAGGUGUGGCAGCUCUCUCUGGUGGCCCCUCCUUUUCAACAACACAGAAAGAUGGAGAAGGAGCGUGUUACACAUCUCUGAUUUCCGAUGUCUGUUACCCACCUGCAGAGGAGUCUACCUAUUUCACUGGGAUUCUUCAGAGGGAAAAUGGUCACAUCACUACUUCUGAGAGCUCUAGGGAGUUAGGGAUCCCCGGACGUCUCAUACCAGAUGUGCCUGGGGUAGAGCCGCAUGAUUUAUUUAGUUCUGAUUCUAGAAUAGAGAUGACUCCUGCAGGGUCUACCGAAGUGGACAAGAUCCUAGCUGACCCUCUGAGCCAGAUGAAAGCAGAAGCCUGUAAAUACAUUGAUAUAACAAGGCCAGAGGAGGCAAAAUGUAAGGAGCAGCAUCGCCCUGAGUUGGAGAAUAAAGACUUGGACUUUAAGAGUGAGGACACUGAAAUCUCAGCAAAAGCAGAUGUCCCUGAACCUGACAAACCUGCUCCUGUGGAGGGGAAAAUCAUUAAGGACCACUUGUUUGAAGAAUCCACCUUUGCUCCUUACGUAGAUGAUCUCUCUGAGGUGCAGCACAGUGCUCCUCUAGUCACAGCCCCCGUCAAAAUCAUGCUGACUGAGAUUGAGCCUGCUGUCGUGACUGCUGUCCAAGAUGAUAAGACCCCAGAGAAGCAUGACAUCUAUCUGAAGCCAAGCCCUGACACAGUCCCUACUGUAACUGUCUCAGAGCCUGAAGAUGACAGCCCAGGAUCUGUCAGUCCCCCAUCUUCUGGAACAGAACCAUCUGCGGCGGAGUCCCCCGGGAAAGGCGGCGUGUCGGAGGACGAGCUCGUCACCGCCCUCGAGGAAGCCAAGGGGCUGCCCUUCGGGGCCGCGGGGUCCCCGGCAGCCGGCUCGGGGCUGCCCAGCCCGCCCGGCCCUCCCGAGCACGAGGCGAGCAGCGCCGAGUCGGGGGACUCGGAGAUCGAGCUGGUGUCGGAGGAGCCGCUGGCCUGCGAGGACGCGCCGCCCUCGGGGUUCGCCUUCGGCCCGGCGGGCGGCCCCCCGCCCUCCCCCGCCUCGCCCGGCGUGCAGUACAGCCUCCUGCGCGAGGAGCGCGAGGCCGAGCUGGACAGCGAGCUCAUCCUGGAGUCGGGCGACGCCUCCUCGGCCUCGGAGGGGAGCCCCAAGCGCGAGCAAGACUCGCCCCCGGCGCGGCCCGGCGCCCUGGAGCUGGGCCGCGAGCAGCCGCGCGCCCCCCGCCAGCUGCUGGCGGAGGAGCAGAGCCCUUUCCGGUACCCCGCGGGCGCGCCCCCCGGAGCCGCGGACGCCGACGGAGCCGCGGACGGAGCCCCCGACGGAGCCCCGGCGCCCGGCAGCUGCGGACCCUGCGCGGCGGCCGGCGAGCGCCCUGGAGCGCGGGGAUCAGGAGAUGAGGUCUCCGGCGCCGCCCCCCAGCUGCCGCUGCUCUGCAAGCAGACAGCCAUUGACCUGCUCUACUGGCGGGAUAUCAAGCAGACCGGCAUCGUGUUUGGGAGCUUUCUGCUGCUGCUCUUCUCCCUGACCCAGUUCAGCGUGGUGAGCAUCGUGGCCUACCUGGCCCUGGCUGCACUCUCAGCCACCAUCAGCUUCCGCAUCUACAAGUCUGUGUUGCAAGCUGUGCAGAAGACUGACGAGGGCCACCCAUUCAAGGCCUACCUGGAGCUCGAGAUCACCCUGUCCCAGGAGCAGAUCCAGAAGUACACGGACUGCCUGCAGCUCUACGUGAACAGCACUCUGAAGGAGCUUCGGAGGCUCUUCCUCGUCCAGGACCUCGUGGACUCCUUGAAAUUUGCAGUGCUGAUGUGGCUCCUGACCUACGUUGGCGCACUCUUCAAUGGGCUGACUCUGCUGCUCAUGGCUGUGGUUUCAGUGUUUACUCUACCUGUAGUGUAUGUUAAGCACCAGGCACAGAUUGACCAAUACCUGGGACUUGUGAGGACUCAUAUAAAUGCUGUGGUGGCCAAGAUCCAGGCUAAAAUCCCUGGUGCCAAAAGGCACGCGGAAUAGGUGGCUCUCCUGGCGGGGACCGGACACACCCAGGGAUGUCUGAGUGGUAACAGCUCUCGCCUUAGUCAUUACUGCAAAUCUGUUGUCCCCCCCAAUACCAUAAUUUUAGAGGCAAACUUUGAAACAGCUGUUUUUAGGCUGUUGGUGUACGCUUAGGAUAUUUGAGUGACUUGUGUCAAGCACUGAAGUAUAGAGAAAAGUGUAUUAGGUGUGAAUUUUAAUUUUGUGUUGCUAACAAAGUGCAUGACGGUGAGAGCCAUUUCUUGUUCCCUUGCGCACCCCCUCCCUCCACAGUGCUUCUGUAGCGUCUCAUGACCCUGUGGCUUGGCCCUUCCUGCCCAGUGCUGACGCAAUAGUGGAAAUCGCUUCUGUGUCUUUGGGUUGCUGGUUGGGUUAAUCUUUAAUAACAUUAUAUAGAAUUGUAGACUAAUGUUUUAGCAUUUUUUCCAAAACACACAAUGUAAACAUAAAACAAAACCAAAAAACAAAACAAAAAAAUCAGUCCUCUGUACUUAUGGUAAUCAGUUUUGUAUAACUUAAAAUAAUUAAAUGAAUAAACCCAAAAUGAACAUGCAAUACUUUUGUUGUAUGAGAUUGACAGGCUGAUUUACAUGUAUGGUCACUAAUAAGUACCAGCAUGUUAACUUUAUUACAAUUUGUAUUACUUUCUCUGUAGUUCCUAAUGGACUUAAUUAUGGACUCUGGAUAUUUGCACUUCUGUACUUGAUUCUGAAUGCAUAAAUAAAUGUUACUAAAUGUAGGAA